UGCGCAUGCGCGCUGUGAGCAGCGCGAGGUUGCUGAGAGGAGCUGAGGGGGAUUUCUGCGCUCCGGUUGUUUCCUGUUGGAUUUACUGUCGGUAUUUUAGUGUCGGUACCGGGAGCUUCUUACUGCCGUUACUGCCGUCUCUCGGGGGAGAUCAUGGCGGCGCUGGGGGCCGAGCCCCUCCGGCUUCAGCUCGCUCCCGCAGCGGCGCCGCAGCCGAGCCUCCUCGCGCUGAGCUCCGGCCCCAGCCUGCCCCCGAACCGCGGCCUGGAGCGCGCGCUGGAGGAGGCGGCGGGUUCCGGUACCCUCAGCCUGAGCGGGAGGAAACUCAAAGAGUUCCCCCGAACCGCCGCCAACUACGACCUGACCGACACCGUGCACGCAGACCUUUCUAAGAACCGUCUGAUGGAUGUUCCUCAUGAAGUCGUUCAUUUAGUCUCCCUGGAAACAUUGAACCUCUAUCACAACUGUAUCAGAAGCAUUCCCGACGGCGUCAUCAGCCUGCAGUCUCUCACAGCGCUGAACAUCAGUCGGAAUCAGCUGUCUGUGCUGCCGGCGUGUGUGUGUGGUCUUCCACUCAGAGUCCUCAACGCCAGCAACAACAAACUCAACGCUCUCCCAGAGAGCAUCGGCCAGCUCAGCAGCCUCAUGGAACUGGAUGUGAGCUGUAAUGAAAUCACCGCUCUCCCUCGGCACAUCGGACGACUCCGAGCUCUACGGGAACUAAAUGUGCGGCGGAAUCUGAUCUGCGUUCUUCCCGAGGAUCUGGCUGAUCUACCUCUGGUAAAGUUUGACUUUUCCUGCAAUAAAGUUUCUACUAUUCCCGUCUGCUACCGAAAAAUGAGCCGACUGCAGUCCCUACAGCUGGAGAAUAACCCACUGCAGAGCCCCCCGGCUCAGAUUUGUAUAAAGGGGAAAGUUCACAUAUUUAAGUAUCUGAGUUUGGAAGCCUGUCGGGGCGACAAGAUGCCGGAUGCCCUUUAUCUGCCCGUCAUGGAUCGUCUCAGCCUAUCACGGCCCUCCGCUGGCAGUACGGAGGACAUCGAUCAGCAUAAGAAACUUGACAGUGACUCCGGUGUCGGCAGUGACAAUGGAGACAAGCGGCUUUCUGCCACAGAGCCGUCUGAUGAGGACAGUCUGAGUCUGUCGGUGCCGAUGUCCAACAUUAGAGAGGAGGAUGGAUUAAGUAAAGAUGACUCCAGUGAUCAGAUCAGCACAUUAACAGCAGACAGAAGCUCGUCGGACUCUCUGAAGGACCAGUUCACCUGUAGAGAUCCAGCCCUCAGCGCUCGAUUCGUCAGUUAUAUUAAGGGUCGAGGAGUUGAUUUUGACGAGCCGCUGAGGAUAGAGGAGGACAGUAACUGGGCUGCAGAUCAGAUGUCAAAGGUUGAUUUGAUCAGCCCUCUGAAGGAAGCGGUGGAGCUGCUGCAAGACCCUGACAGAGUAAAUAUGAAUUCAGCUGAAUUAUCAGGAAUUAAACUCUACCCUGUGGAGAUGGUCACUGUGGACGAGUCUCUGAAUGGGCGGGACAGUGAUGAUGGACAGGCGACACCGAAGGAGGGUCCGGAUGGAGGCUGGGAGUUCCAGAAGAAGAGGCAGUGUAUUCUGGAGCGAGCCCGGCUGGAGGCUCAGCUCGCCUGUCAGCAGUACGCCCGUCACAUGGCCCACGAGGCGGAGCUAAUGCUUCAGGAGAGGUCUGAUGAUCAUCACACACAUCAUAUACAGAAGAGUGAAGUUCAGACCCCGGUUUCCUCGCCGCCGUUCAGCAGCCCCCCCUUCGGCCUCAAGCCGCGGUCAGCUCCGCCUUCUAUCCCCUGCUCGCCCCCGCUUUGUCUUAGCCCCCUUACACAGGCCACGCCCAUCAUUAGAGACACAUCCAAUAGCCAAGCAGACGGAGGCAUGCCGGCCUGUGUGUUCCUAAGAACCCAUAAGAGUCUGGAGUCGGUGGAUCCUCAGUUCACCAUGAGGAGGAAGAUGGAGCAACUUAGAGAAGAGCUGGAGGUUAUGGAGCAGCUCAGAGAGAGUAUUGAGAGCAGGCUGAAAGUUGCACUUCCUGAUGACCUUGGCUCCUCCCUCAUGGACGGCGUGGUGCUCUGCCAUCUAGCCAAUCACAUUCGACCUCGCUCCGUCGGCAGCAUCCACGUCCCCUCCCCGGCAGUACCAAAGCUCAGUAUGGCUAAAUGUCGGCGGAAUGUGGAGAACUUCCUGGACGCUUGCAGGAAGAUGGGAGUUCCAGAGGAUAAGCUGUGUCUCCCUCAUCACAUCCUGGAGGAGAAAGGUCUGGUGAAAGUGGGCGUGACCGUCCACGCCCUGCUGGAGGAGGCGGCCACCAAACACAACCUCCUCACCUGAGAGCUCCAAUACACACACACACACACUACACAUUAUACACACACACUACACACUAUACACACACACACACACUACACACUAUAUACACACACACACACACUACACACUAUACACACACACACUUCAUCUCUCUUCAGCUGUGUUCACGUUACAGAGGGACUUUUAUUUUAUAUUAAUACACUUUCCUGCCGGAGACUCUUUAAAAGAGUAACACUCAGUCUCACGUGUGCACGAGGACACCAUCAGCGCAUCAGGACUGAACUGUUCCAGCACUGCGCUGAUCUCCAGCUCUUCAGACGCAGCCGAACUCUGUAUAUCUCAGAUAAACAUUUAAUAGAUUUUAAUAUUUUUAUUUAGAUUUUAUUUUGAUCUACUAAUUUCUGUUCUCUCUGAGGCCGAGUCUUAAAUUCCCACCCUGAUAUCUGAUCAAA